AUGAUUGUGUUUCACUGGCUGAUCGGUGUAUUUGGUGCAGCGGUUGUGCAAGCACAACGAUCGAUGGUACUGACAAGGGAUAUUGUCCCGCAGACCAUGAAUGCAAGGAUGGAUGCAAGUGGCAAAACUGUAUAUGAUUGCACCGACAUCAUGGGCAAAGCAAUGAAAUUUCUGCACUGUCAAUUCGUUGAAGCGUGCAUUGGAUCGGAACGAACUGGCGGUGCAUUGAUUAAACCUGGUGAAACGCUGAACAAAGACGGAUUCUGGCAUAAAUGCACCCACUAUCCAAAGAAUCAGACAGCUGUCUACACAGAGGGUAAGCGACACUUUGAAGAUCAAAUUUUGUGGAAACUGUAUCAAACUUUUUUGAAAAUAAACGAAGAUGGCUACAAAAUUAUCGAAACGGCAUGUAAUGUGAACGACAAGCAAUAUCACAUCGGUGAUUUAGUUCGAUCAGCGUUCUUCCUAAUGAAAUGCAGCGAAGAUGGCUACAAAAUUAUCGGCUGUUAUUAUGUUGGAAACAACGGAAAGGAGGUAGAUAUGAAACCUGGUACAACUGCGGAAGCGAAUGGACAAAUUCAUCACUGUGACGAUAACGAUGGUAACAUCCAGUACUACGCGACAGGUGCGCUUCCUUGA